CUCCUAAACCCAGAUCCACUGCCUAAAUUUCUCUCUCCAUCUCCUCUUACUUAACCUAAACCCCCCAAUGUGGCAAGAAAUAAUUAUACUACCAAACCCUAAAUACCAGUUAUACUUUACUACUAGGAAGUUCUCAAGCAUUAGUAGAACACGAGAUUUAAAGAUACAUCGAUUAAGACAUAAGAUAGCCAACGAAUCCGACAACGAUCUCCUCCCUCGCCCCUUCUGCCCUUCCAGCUCCGGACGCAAUUUGCGCUAUCCCCGAUCCCGGUCGACAGCGGUCAACAGAAAACAGGAGAUCCCGGCGUGUCCCGUCACCGCCCCGAGUUCGCCCGUCCUCUCCUCCGCCCCAAUGGGCUCCGUCUCCCUCAAGAUCGGUGACGGCACCGCCCGGUUCCGCCGCGCCACGCUCUGCUCUUCGGCCCUUCACCUCCUCAUGCUCGCCUCCGUCGUCUCCACCAACCUCUUCGCCUUAUACGUCUUCACCUACUCCCCCUCCCCUUCCGCCGGCGGCGGCGGCGGCGGUGGCGGCCACAAUGGUCUCUCCGUCAUCUCCCAGCACGUCUCCCUCAUCCUCCGCGAGAUCGAGGCCUCCGAGCGCCGGCUCCACCAGAUCGAGCGCGAGCUCGCCGGGUACGACACCCUGAACCCUGCCAAGCCCGGCCUCCCGUCGGAGCUCAAGCUCUUCCUCGCCCGCCACCCCCUUCCUCUUGGCCGCGACUCCCGCUCCGGCAUCACCGCCAUGGUCUCCUCCGUCUCCCACUCCUGCGCCCGUCCUGCCGCCACCGCCCUCCUGUCCGAGUUCAUGAACUACCACCCCGCCGCCCCUUGCCCCACCGCCGACCCACUCCUCCCCUCCAAGCUCAUCUCCAAGGCCUGCGAGCCCCUCCCACGCCGCCGCUGCCUCUCCCGUCCCCCCGUCGGCGCCCCCCGCCUCCCCCUUCCCCGAUCCCUCUGGAACCCCAACGCCAAGAACCCCGGCGCCGGCCUCAACGGUAUCGACAAGCAGAUGUGGAUCAAGCCGAGAGGGAAAAAUGACUUCUUGAUCGACGACGUACUGGCUCUGGGUGGCGGCGGCAUCCGCAUUGGCUUCGACAUCAAUGGCGGCGCUGGAAACUUCGCCGCGAGGAUGGCCGAGAGGAAUGUUACUGUAGUGACGUCGACACUUGAGCUUGGCAGCAAGCCGAUGAAUGAAUUUGUGGCCGCCAGGGGGCUGUUCCCGCUGCUCAUGUCGCCGGCGCAGAGGUUUCCAUUCUACGACUCGGUGUUCGAUCUUGUGCACACCAUGAAUGCAUUGGAUGAGGCAGGUGCCCCAGCACUGGGGCCAUCGAGCCGGCUGGAGGCAGUGGAGUUCUUGAUGUUCGACAUUGAUAGAAUCCUGAGGGCUGGAGGCUUGUUCUGGCUUGACAACUACCUAUGUGUUGAUGAUGAGAGGAAGCGGACUGUGACGAGGCUUAUCGAGAGGUUUGGAUACAAGAAGCUUAAAUGGGUGGUUGGGGAGAAGGCUGAUGCUGCUGGCAUAGGAAAGACUCAGGUGUACCUCUCGGCAGUGCUGCAGAAGCCGGCAAGAGGAUGACUGGUGGCAUUACUACUGUGGAGGAGGGGCAGAGAGGUAUAUUGUUGCUGCUUCCUCCAUUCUUUUAUGACGUAGGAUAUUGGAUGAAAUGCAAAAUGGUGAUGCAAUUCCUUGUCUCUGAUUAUAAUCUCAUGCAAUUCCUUUUGUUGUUUCAAGUGUAUGCGAAAUAAAUGUAACUUGGGUGGGCAUUUCUUUACUUGUUGCAGCAAACGGCUGCAGGAUGGGGGGGAUAUUCAUAUAUCUUGUAAGAUUUAUUUAUCAUGUAGUGGUGGAGUUAGGAGGAUAACGUUGUGGGUACCAUUUUGUGCUUCGGAACCAAAGAAGGAAAUGUUGAAUGGUCACUGUUAGCAAUAUGCAAUUCAUAGUCUUAUAUUUGCAUC